AUGAAAAGUCUUUUGGUUUUGUGGGUUUUUAUGAAUUUGGAUGUACUGUUAAAGACAGGACUCUGCCAAGACACACAGUAAGUUAAUUAUUUUUGUUGACUAUUAACCCUAUAAUCUUAGUACUUUGUGACUUGAGAUAACAUUUGAAUAAACCUAUGGUAAUGUUUUGUAAUGUUUGAACUUGUUUGGGUUUUUUUUACACCUUAUAGAAAGUAUAGCAUUUGGACAAAUAUUACACCCUGCCUUGAAAACAUUGUGAACUGUUAUUUCUGUCAUUCCUGAGGAGACAAAGUGAUCCUCUAAUAUCUCUUUUUUUCAUUUUUUUUAGUGACCAAAUUCUGUCAAUCACCCCACACACUCAGGAGCAGGUCGAAGUUGUGAAAAACGUGUCUUCUCAAUAUGAGGUGAGACUCUAAUUUUCCUGAUAUCUGUCUUUAAUAGCUUUUUAAAUUGAUCUUCUGUGAGUUUUUAUCAUGUUUCCACUCAGACAGCCCUAUGGCAGCCAGCCUCACAUCAGUACAUCAAAGAAGAAAGCGAGGUCCAUCUGUUUGUUCCCGCAACUACUUUGGAGACUGUGAAGGAUCUGCUGCAGAGACAUUCGAUUACACAUGAGUAUGUUACAUUUCCUGUAAAUCAUGCAUGCAUUAGUCAACAAUUGUUACAUUAUUUUAUGGUCGUAUUUUUACUCCAGGGUGUUACUGGCCAACACCAAUGAGCUGAUUGAAAUGCAGACGAGAAACGACUCCACAGACCCUCGAAGUGGCUCAACUUUCUACGAGAGAUAUCACAGUCUGGACGAUGUGAGCAUUUGCAGCUGCAUCAGGAUAAUCACUCUGUAAAUAAGCUACUUUUUGGUCAAACUGCAUCUAUUAUAAGUGACAAAAUCUUUUCUAGAUCUAUUAUUGGAUAAACAGGACCACACAGGAACACCCCACCACUUUAAGCACUAUUCUUAUUGGCUCAUCAAGUGAGAAGCGACCCCUCUAUGUUCUAAAGGUACGCCCAUAUGUCCCCAGAUUAUUAUAUCAAUAUUUUACUUUUUGCAAACAUUGAGCUCAGUUUAAUCAAAUUCUUGUCAGUUGUCUCUGAAUGAUAGACCAAAUAAAAAAGCCAUGUGGAUUGACUGUGGGAUUCACGCCAGAGAGUGGAUCUCUCCUGCUUUCUGUUUAUGGUUUGUGCAGCAUGUGAGUAAAUUUAAUCCAUCAAAAUAAUAAAAAAAAAAUACACAGUAACAUCUAUUCUUUAUCUUUGUACUAGAAUUUAAAUUCACUGUCCUCUCCCCCUCAGUCUUUGUCAUUUUACAACAUAAACCACGACAUCACUAGUAUCCUAGACAACAUGGAUGUCUACAUCCUGCCUGUUAUGAACCCUGAUGGAUACCACUACACAUGGACCACAGUAAGAAUUCACCGAACACAGCUCAAUAAUGCUUUGAAAGUUACAGACACGGCAAAUUCAGACAGAUUUAGUAGUAGUUCGUAGAAGGGGAAAUUUGUUUUUAAUCUCGUCGUGUACAAAAAAAACCAGAUCAACAGCAGCAAGGACAUCAAAACAUCUUGGCAGCAAAAGAGGGAUGAGAAUAGUGGCAUGUACUGUACAUGAGUUUUUGAAAAGGUUACGAUUUGUUGCUGUUACUAUCUUAACAGCUUUUUUCCUAAUCACUUCCUUGUUGGUACAGUUUAAGUGUUUCUGUGGCUUCCCUAUGAUUUUUGAUGCUAGAUUCACUAUUUUCUGCAGCUUACAUCUGCCUUUUGUGUUUAGGUUACCAUACCACAUUGUCAUGUUAAAGGUCAAGAUUCCCUCUAUGAGGUUCUUAUAGACUGUCUCCAUGAUGUUCCCACUCACUCCAAAGGAGUUGAGCUUGCGUAAUAGAUGGCAGCGUUUAUUACAAGAUGUAAAAAUGGUUUAUCUCAAAUUAAUUUCGUCUCAGAACAGGAUGUGGAGAAAGAACCGCUCCACCAACAAGGGCAGCAACUGUAUUGGAGUCGAUCUCAACAGAAACUUUGAUGCUAACUGGUGCAGUAAGUUUUUACUUUUCCUGCUUUCCUCUUCUUAAAACCAGAAUCAUAUAAAACCCAAAUUCCAAAAUAGUUAAGAGGCUGUGUAAAAUGAGAAAAAAAAUAAUCUUAACUCUAUAUUAAAUACUUAUUUUAAAUUUGAUGUAACAUAUUUCAAAACAGUUGGUUGUGUUGUAUCACUUCACCUGACAGCAACCUGUAAAGAUCUGAAACCCCAGGAGACCAGUUUCUGAAGUUUAACCUGUGAAAUCUCAUCCCAUUAAUGUCUCAUACAAGAUUUCAACUGCUCAAGAGUUCAGGGUCGACUAUGUUGUACUUUGAAAUGACAAGUCAGGACUGUAGUCAGGCCAGUUUAUCAGCAGGACUCUUCUACUACAGAGCCAUGCUGUUGUAAUCUCUGCAGAAUGUGGUUCGUCAUUGUCUUGCUGAAAUAUGAAGGUCUUCCCUGAAAAAGUAAUUGUGUGAGAGACCAUACGAGCCUCACAUACUGAACAGAAGAAAACUUUGUGAAAGCUUCAAGGUGAAGUGCUGGUGUUUGUUGCAGCUGAAGGAGCCUCCCCUGAGCCCUGCACUGAGAUCUACUGCGGCGCCUUCCCUGAAUCUGAGCCAGAGUCCCAGGCUGUGGCCGACUUUCUGCGCAGUCACAAAGACACGGUCCAGCUCUACAUCUCCAUCCACUCCUACUCACAGAUGCUCCUCUUCCCGUACUCCUGCACCCUAGAGGAGGCAGAGAACCACUCUGACCUGGUGAGUGGUUCCAACCAGAGUAUUUGGAGGCUUUACCCUGGCUAUCAAAUGUUUACGUGAAUGUGUUUUCUGUAGCUUGAGAUGGCGGGCGCUGCAGUUCAGAAAAUCCGAAGAUAUUACAGGAACAGCUACAGAUACGGUGCAGGAGCAAAGACAAUAUGUAAGAACAACUUUUUCAUUUUGAAGCAGCAUUGUUAAGCCUUGAUUCGGCCCUUUACAUGAAUAUCACCGUCUGUUUAAUAGACUUGGCUCCUGGUGGUUCAGACGACUGGGCAUACAACCUCGGCAUCAAAUACUCCUUCACGUUUGAGCUCCAGGACCGCGGCCGCUAUGGCUUCCUCCUGCCGCCGUCUUUCAUACCCCAGGCCUGUAAUGAAGCUCUGAUCGGCGUGAAGACAAUCGCUCUGAAGGUUAUAGAGAAAACACCGGCUUCGACGAGCCCUCCUCCAACUUUCUGA